CGGCGGGCGGGCAGCGGCGGAGGCUGCGGUGGCCGUGGCCGCGGUGCUGGCCCUGCGGGGCCCCGGGGGGGAGGGGGAGCCGCGAAGCCCCCGCUGAGGCCGCCGCGGCCGGGCCUCCCCUCCCCCCCUCCCUGCGCGGGUGGGCGCCAUGCGGGGGGGCCCGGGCGACGCGGAGAGGCGGCAGCGCUGGGGUCGCCUCUUCGAGGAGCUGGACAGUAACAAGGAUGGCCGCGUGGACAUGCACGAGUUGCGCCAGGGGCUGGCCCGGCUGGGCGCGGGCGACCCGGACCGCGGCGCCCAGCAGGGCAUCUCCGCAGAGGGCAGCGACGCCGAGGUGGGGCUGGACCUGGAGGAGUUUAUCUGCUACCUCCAGGAGCGCGAACAGCGUCUGCUCCUGCUCUUCCACAGCCUGGACCGCAACCAGGACGGUCAUAUCGAUGUCUCUGAGAUUCAGCAGAGCUUCCGAGCAUUGGGAAUUUCCAUCACAUUGGAGCAAGCCGAGAAAAUUCUACACAGCAUGGACCGAGAUGGGACGAUGACCAUUGAUUGGCAGGAGUGGAGGGACCACUUCCUCUUGCAUUCGCUGGAGAAUGUGGAAGACGUGCUCUACUUCUGGAAACAUUCCACGGUACUGGACAUCGGCGAGAGCCUGACGGUCCCCGAUGAGUUCUCCGAGCAGGAGAAGAUGACAGGCAUGUGGUGGAAGCAGCUGGUGUCCGGCGCGGUGGCGGGGGCCGUGUCCCGAACGGGCACUGCGCCCCUGGACCGUCUCAAGGUUUUCAUGCAGGUUCAUGCCUCCAAGACCAACAAGCUCAACAUCCUGGGGGGGCUCCGCAGCAUGAUCCAGGAAGGGGGCGUGCGCUCCCUGUGGCGGGGGAACGGCAUCAACGUGCUCAAGAUCGCCCCGGAGUCCGCGAUCAGGUUCAUGGCCUAUGAGCAGAUAAAGCGGGCCAUCCGUGGACAGCAGGAGACCCUCCGGGUGCAGGAGCGCUUCGUGGCGGGUUCCCUGGCCGGUGCCACGGCCCAAACCAUCAUUUACCCCAUGGAGGUGCUGAAGACACGGCUGACCCUGCGCCGAUCCGGCCAGUACCACGGCCUGCUGGACUGUGCGCGGCGCAUCCUGGAGCGCGAGGGCCCGCACGCCUUCUACCGCGGCUACCUGCCCAACAUGCUGGGCAUCGUCCCCUACGCGGGCAUCGACCUGGCCGUCUAUGAGACCCUAAAGAACCACUGGCUUCAGCAGUACAGCCACGAGUCUGCGAACCCCGGGAUCCUGGUCCUGCUGGCCUGCGGCACCGUGUCCAGCACGUGUGGCCAGAUCGCCAGCUACCCGCUGGCCCUGGUCCGUACUCGGAUGCAGGCGCAAGCGUCCAUCGAGGGCGCCCCGCAGUCUUCCAUGCUGGGGCUGCUACGGCACAUCGUGGCCCAGGAGGGCGUGCGGGGCCUCUACCGGGGCAUCGCCCCCAACUUCAUGAAGGUCAUCCCGGCCGUGAGCAUCUCCUACGUGGUCUACGAGAACAUGAAGCUGGCGCUGGGGGUCACAUCCAGGUGAGGGACCGGAGCCUGACCCCCGCCGCCCACCCCAGUCACUGCACGUCCAGGGGAGCCCCAGCGCCCCCCCUUACACACACACACACACACACACAACACACACACACUCAGCCCGCAGGAUCCCCGCAGGCCAGCGAGGGGCACCUGCGCGUCUUCACAUUCCAGCCCCUGGAUCCCACGUCGCCCCGCCCUGCCCAGCGGGGCCCGACGACCAUGUCUUAACCACCCGAGCCCUCUCAGGGGUCCCAAGACCCUCAUCACAGGAGCACAUCACGCUCAUAGCCCAGCGUCCAGCAGCCCCGGACCCCCCAUCCGGUGUCUUCAUGCCACCCUAGAUCCCAGAUUCCCCACCCACUGGUGGAUUCUAGAUUUCCCUCAGCUUCCAGCCCUUGGAGUUUCAAGCUCAGCCACUGGAUUAUUGGACGCUCGAGAGACCUCAGUCACUGGAUCAAUGCAAUGCCUAGAUCUGGGGGUGCCCCUCCCCCAUGACACUGGAUCCCAGAUUCCCCUCACCUCGCCCACUGGAUCCCCAGAGUCCUUCGCCUUGACACUGCUUCCUGGAGCCUUCUGCUACAAAUCGCCAGAUCCCUACAUUCCAGCCCUCCUCCUGACCCACUGGGUUCCAGAUCCCUGAGUCCCAGAUCCCUGGAUCCCGACCCCCUGGAUCCCAGAUUGCCAGGUUCCGACCCACUGGCUCCUGGAUCCCAGAUCCCUGGAUCCCGACCCCCUGGAUGCCAGAUUGCCAGGUCCCGACCCACUGGCUCCUGGAUCCCAGAUCCCUGGAUCCCGACCCCCUGGAUGCCAGAUUGCCAGGUCCCGACCCACUGGCUCCUGGAUCCCAGAUCCCUGGAUCCCGACCCCCUGGAUCCCAGAUUGCCAGGUCCCGACCCACUGGCUCCCGGCUCCUAAAACCACUACAAGAAGAGUCCAGCAACAGAACUCGUGGGUCCUGGUGACUCUCAGGACCUCACCGCCAAGGAGGCCAACGGGGGGACAUUUCCGGGCAUCAGAUUUCCUGUCCAACCCCUGAUUCCCACCCUGAUUGCUCACCUCCCCGACCCAGCACUGGAUCCCAAGCACGCAGACCCCACAUCUAGAUCCCAGUGAAUUCAGCCCACAGAGCUUCUUCCCCCCCCAGCACACACCCCGCCCACCGUGAUGAGCGCCCCCAGGUCCUAAGGGGCCUGCAGGGAAGCCGGGUGCUGGCCUCUUAAGGGUCCUCCAGACAUUCCAGGGGACAGGUCGCGAGUCCCCAGGUGACCCCCUGCCUCCUGGCGCUGUGUGAAAGCAGCUCCCCACAACUCACAAUUUUUCAGUGGGACGGGGGGGGGGGGGGAGA